GUGCUGCGUCAUACCGGACGAAGUUCYACGUGCCUGAACGCCAAUAAAUUGAUACAGAUGAAAACAUGAAAUUACCCARGGCAUCAAAAGAACAUCACUCGGAGAUGCACAAAAACAAUAUAACGUUGAAAAUKGGUCAACCGUUCCUUUAAGAUAGUGAGAGUGAAAUACCGCUAGUAAGCAGYUUUCUUGUUGGUCAGUUGUGUCCAGCAACGAUUCCGUUUCCUCAAACCAUUUCCCAGUAGGACGGGUAUGUGCGUAAAGAGAGAGAAGAAACGUGACGUCACGGAAUAGCUUUCUACCCCCAAACUCUCGUUGGGUUUUUCAUAUUUGAAUCGAAUAUAGAAUUUAUGUCUCUCGUUUUMAUUUCACCAGCGUGUGUUGUGUUUCAUAAAGAAUAUCGUCAUAUAAUGCAAUUGAAGAACGUUGCAUAGUAACAGCAUUCCUGGUUUUGUAAAAAAAGAGGAUCAUAUCUAAGGCGUUGAGUUUUAGUCUGAAUAAUAUUUAUUUCCAACUGGAGGAAAAUAUCAAAUUGUAAUGGCAGAAAACAAUUUCCCUCCCCUGCCUGGCUUCAUCCCUCUGAAGCCGUGUUUCUAUCAGGACUUCAACGAGAUCCCAGAUGUACACCGCUCCAUCUGCAAGAAGCUCUACUAUCUAUGGAUCUUCAACAGUGCCACCUUGGCGGUCAAUCUGAUUGGCUGCCUGGCGUGGAUGUGCGGCGGGGGCGGAGCCACUAACUUUGGCAUGGCCAUUCUGUGGCUCAUCYUGUUCACCCCCUGUUCCUACGUGUGCUGGUUCAGACCCAUCUACAAGGCCUUCAAGACUGACAGCUCGUUCAACUUCAUGGCGUUCUUCUUCGUGUUCAUGGCCCAGGUGGUGAUCAGCAUCAUCCAGUGUAUAGGCAUUCCAGGCUGGGGCGUCUGUGGCUGGCUGGCUACCAUCACCUUCUUUAGCACCAAUAUAGGCUCCGCUGUAGUCAUGCUGAUCCCCACCAUCAUGUUCACUGCCAUGGCUGUCCUCUCCUUCACCGGGCUCACCAAGGUGCACAACAUGUACCGUGGCACUGGGGGCAGUAUGAGUAAAGCCCAAGAGGAGUGGACCACCGGGGCCUGGAAGAACCCUCACGUCCAGCAGGCAGCGCAGCAGGCCGCUGUGGGGGUGGCRCAGGGAGCCAUGCAGCAGCAACAGCCCCAGUACUCACAGGCACCCACCUACAAUUACGACGACCCGGGCAUGUAGGGCAGGGUGGAGGAGAGGGUGAGGGUGGGAGAGAAGGGGUGAGGGACAGACUGGGUGAGAGUCUGUUUCUGAUCUCUCGUCAGUUGGCAUGAGAGCAGAAACCGAGCCUCCCAGGCUAGGUGAGGGACAAACUGGGGAGAUGAAAAGGGAUGAUCAUCAAAGGAAAACCACAAUUCACGAUUACAGUGCCAUUCAGAUAAUUCUUAGAUAACAAAAAUAUAUAUAUUAAAAUGUGUCAUACUGUUUUGAUUUUGCUUCAAAGGUUUUUCCUAAAUGUAGGAAUAAUAAUUUUACUAAACUUGGAACACCUAUCUCCUAACAUGGACCAGCACGCCAACCAUGCACAUAGUUAUUACACAUAGUAAUAACAUAUUACACACACACACAAGAUGAAUUGAUCUGCUUACAUGUGCCAGACAGACACUACAACCCUUGCACUGCCCUGUAAUGCUCAUUAGCUUUGAAUAAAAGAACCCAACAGUCUUACUAGAGCCAUUGCCACCCUUCAAAAAAUAUAUUCGUUUUAGUAUAUUUGACUUGACGCUCUUAUCCAGAGCGCAACUUACAAUAGUGAGCAUACAUUUUUGUACUUUAUGUUUGUACUGGUCCCCCGUGGGAUUUGAACCCUCAACCCUGGCAUUUGCAAGUGCSCUGCUCUACCAACUGACCCGCACGGGGACUUAGUGCAGUAGGCUUGUGAUGUUCUGUCAUGUUUUUGAAAAACAGUUUAUACUUGUUUUUGCAGUACUGUAUUAUUGUCAAGGAUGCAGUUUUGCCACAUGGACAUGACAAAAAAGCUGAAAAAUUGUAUUUAAUCAUAUUUAAAAAGGAUUAUCACAAUUUUGUCCAUGUUGAAUUUUGAUUUUGUAUCACUUAGAUUCUCAGGAAUAGACAUCUACUUUGUUUUAGACAUAAAAUGACUUUAUUGUAUUUAUCUGUUUUUAGAUCUUAGCUAGUUGCUAGAUAGCUAAUAGCUACAUGUUAGUCUGUCGACAGUAGAAAUACCAGACGUUCUGUUGGCGUCAUCAACAUUAGCCAUAUUAGAGGUGUUAAAUUCCUCAACAUUUUCAGAUUUAUUUCAGGUUUUGGGGAGUGUAUUUCGAGUGAGCAUGUUAUUCUGUUGAGUAUAAGUGAAAUAAUGAAUAGAUGUUUAAUAAUAACAACCAAUUUAAGCACACAUGUACAGUGUUAAGGUUUUACGUAGGAUGGAACAUUUCAGAUAAGUCUAUGACUACUGUAACCCAGUUAAGAAUUUAGACUAGGUGAACCAAAAUCGUUCCGUCUGUAAAGGGGGCAGAUAGUUCUGUCUAUAGGGGGCAGAUAGUUCUGUCUAUAGGGSGCAGAAGGGAAUUAUGGAAACAAUGGAACAUUUACAAAACAUAGUCUUAAUUCCCCAUUGAAGAUAUAGUAUUUGCUAUUUGUAGAUGGACAGAUGUUAGAUGUUAUGAAUGUUUAUUCCCAUUGGUCAAUCCUCUCACUAAUCCUAAAGUGAACCCUGUGAAGCAAAUGCUUUUUAUUUAUUUUUUAAAUGACUACAUUACCCAGGGGGCAAAUACGGUUGUAAUGAUGUCAUCGUGACAGCAUUUCAAACAGUUUUGCCUGCUGGGUAAUGGUGGAGUUGAACCUUUACAAGUGAAAACAUAAAAUGUGGCUGUCAACGUUAGUACAUGAGUAUAGAUGUGAUAUGGUAUAUAUAGAAAACAUUGAAUAUUGUUUAUACAAACAUCUCAUUUUAUGAACUGAAACGGGAAGAAAAUAACUGUCUAGCCUUUAUGAGUAUCGAUGUGUUUUCAUUUAGAGAUGGAACUACUGCAUAGCUACAUUUGACUGYAGUGGGAAAUGUUUUUGUCUCAAGAAGUUAACUCUGAAAAUGUAAAAGAUGGAUAUUACAAAAAUGUGUAAUACCAAUAUUAGACUUGAAACAAAUGUGAAGAUGUGUACAUGAAUGCCAGAAAAAAAACCUGUGAGUUGUCUUGUCUGAUUGUGUGAUGAUGUUCAAUAUGAUUUUCUUUUAAAUAUUUCUCAAAACUUUUGUUGUUGUUGUACUUUUCCUGUAUAUGUUCUAGAAGGUAUGUGUAUAUGUUCUAGAAGGUAUGUGUAUAUGUUCUAGAAGGUAUGUGUAUAUGUUCUAGAAGGAAUGUGUAUAUGUUCUAGAAGGUAUGUGAGGCAGAGUGUGUAUGCAGCUCUGCUCUUUCUGUCUCUCCACGGUUGUUGGUAUUAUAGGUGUAUAAAAGGCUUCUAAUGGG